UGCGCCCAAACAGGUUAUGGCCCUGGCUGCCGUGCAAGAAUGAUUUAUUCCUUGAUUUUUCCGCAUCCUCCGAGACUCCAGCUAGCAAGAAUGAAAAGGGGUUCAAGAUGUAUAUAGGUAGCUACAUAGACAACUAUGAAGUAUCUAACAAAGAAACAUUUGACAGGGGAUAUCACCGUGAGGGCUGCCUGUCACAGGUCCAUGAGGAAGAGUGAAAAGCUGCACAGCAUGAGAAUGGUGUUAAAGCACUCCGUACCAGUGAUAGUGGUCCAAAGCCACUGCUCCUGUGUUGCAGGAAGUGCUCUGUGCAAUCAUCUGGUGGCCCUUCUUUACCAGACAGCGCACUACUCUCAACUAAACAUUCCUGCUGCACCACCAGUUCACAGCUGCACAGACACAGAACAGCGUUGGCACAAGCCAAGAACACUUGGUGUGAAGCCAGGUCCGGUUGAUGGGAUAGAGUUCCGUAAAUCUACUAACUCGUGUGCUGAUGGAAUAAGAAGUUCUCUCUACAAAGCACUCAAUGGAUAUAUGCCUGACAUGGACCUUCUCCACCUCUCAGAAACGUACGCCAACUUUUCUCCACUUACUACCCCUCUUGUGACAACAAUGGAAAUGUCAGCUGACGUGCCCCUGGUUGAGUCCCCCUUUGGGCCAAUGCAAGCCGGCAGUGUUCUGUCCUAUCAGCUUCCACAGCCAAAGACCCGUGAAAUUGUGAAGAUUGCCGAUGCCCCUUCUCCACCAAUACUCCCAUUAGAUGGCUUCAGGCUUCCCAGUUUGCUUACGUCCUUAGCCAUCAGGAGCAGUUCCACCUCAAGGCAUUAGAGACAACCUACGAGAUGUCACACAAAGUCGAGGUUGCUACAAGGG